UCACCCACCUGCACUGUACAAAACGUUCUUUAUAAAAUUUUGUAUCAUAAAUGCAUUCAGUUUUAGUCACUUAAACGCGCGUGAAUGAAGGACUGACAGUGAAAUACGAUGGAGGAGAUGGGAAAUUACAACGAACCCUGACAUCGGCUGCAACGGACAUCUAAAAUGGGGGCGUUGUAUCAGUUUAAAUAGGGUUGGGUCCUCCUAGGGGCACGGCAAUUGGAGCUCGAAUUUAAAACGCUUGUAUUCACCCAGAAGAUAUGAAAUAAGAUGAACAGAACCGCGAAAGAAGCGCGCAUCUUGACUGGAAGGUGACGAGACCGGAUACAUUUGGGGUUUGUUUGGUUCCGCCCCCGACGGGCGGGUCUGUCAGAGGAACCUCAGCGGGGAGCUACGCCGCAGCCCAGGAGUAGCCAUUCGUGGAAAAUAGGCCGUCCUACAGCGGGAAACAGCCAGCCCUGACUCCAUACCGUCCGGCCUUUUUUCUUUAACUACUCCUCUCCAUUUUCAUUAAUGCAGGAUGAGCGAUCAAAAGGAGGAAGCGAUGGCGACCGACGGGGCGAAAGCAGCUGCGGGAGAUUAUAUUAAUAAAGGCAAAACUUCUGGAGCACAGGACACACAGCCCUCCCCCCUGGCUCUCCUGGCUGCUACGUGCAGUAAGAUUGGCGGGGCUGUGGGGGGCUCUGGGCCGGUGCUGGUGGACUCCAGUGGGCUGCUGCAGGUGCAGGGUCAGACCCAGGCUCUGGAGCUGGUCCCGGCGGGGCUGGGCGGCUGGCAGCUGGUGGCGGGGCCGGCGGGCGGGGCGGGGCGGAGGGGGAAGGGGCUGGAGCAGCAGUUCCAGAUGGUGCAGCUGCAGAACGUGCCCGGCUCUGUGGGCGGAGUCCAGUACCAGGUGGUGCCUCACCUGCAGACGGCUGACGGACAGCAGAUCCAGAUCACCCCUGGCAACCCCGCCAUCAUCCCCGGCAACGGCGCCAUCGCCCCUGGCAACCUGAGCCUGCAGAGCGAGCCCAUCCAGCUGAUCCCCGCCCCUACCGGACGGGCCAAUCAGACGCUGCAGAUCCGGCCGGGCGUGUCCCUCCCCCUGCAGCUGCAGCACCCCCAGCCGCAGCUGGUCGCCACGGUACCCAUCAGCGUGGGCGGAGUCACGCUGGCACUGCCUAUCAGCAUGGCAACAGGGGGCGGGGCCAUCCAGCUGGUGCAGCCCGAGGGGGCGGGGCAACUGCUGCUCACGCCCAUCUCCACCCCGGCGGCGGAGUCUGUGGGGGCCGUCACCUCGACGACCGCGCCCUCCGCAGGGGAUUCGCUGGCUGUGACCUCCACCACGCCCACUGAGCAGGGAGCUCCGCCCCCUGAGGCCCCGCCCACGGAGGGCCACGCCCAGGCCAACGGGCUGCAAGGGGGGCAGGUGCAGCUGGUGGGGCAGGUGCAGGGGGGGCAGGUGCAGCUGGUGGGGCAGGUGCAGGGGGCGGGGCAGCCCCUCCUGCAGCAGAUGCAGCUGCAAGCCCUGACCCCCCCUCCCCUGCUGCUCCGCGCCCCCUCCCUCAGUGGCUGGCAGACGCUGCAGCUGCAGAACCUCACGCUGGCGCCCGUCAGUACAGGCCCCGCCCCCGCCGGGACCUUCGCCCAGAUCUCCCCUCUCACACUCGCCGGCACGCCAAUCACCCUGAACUCCGCCCCCAGCGUGCAGACACUCAGCAUCGCUGGCCUGCAGGGCCUGCCAAUCACCAUCACCGGCGUGCAAGGCCAGGCAAUGGGGGGGGAGGGGGUGAAGGUGCAGCCAUCCCCCCGGGGGGAGAGCCAGAGUCCCUCCAGCCAGGAGCCACAGCCCAGCAAGAGGCUCCGCAGAGUGGCCUGCUCCUGCCCCAACUGCCGUGAGGGGGAGAGCAGUGGGGACCCCGGAAGGAAGAAGCAGCAUGUGUGUCACAUGGAGGGCUGUGGGAAGGUGUACGGGAAGACGUCCCACCUGAGGGCCCACCUGCGCUGGCACACGGGCGAGCGGCCCUUCGUCUGCUCCUGGAUCUUCUGCGGGAAGCGCUUCACCCGCUCCGAUGAGCUGCAGAGACACCGCAGGACACACACGGGAGAGAAGCGGUUUGAGUGCCCGGAGUGCUCAAAGCGGUUCAUGCGGAGUGACCACCUGUCCAAGCACGUGAAGACGCACCAGAACAAGCGGGGCGGUGCGUUGACUGUCCUCACCACCGAGGACAUGGAGGAGAGCGCUGAUGAGCUGGGGUCGCCCGGGGUCGUUACCAUGGAAACUCUCGCCGCGCAUGGCUCCACCCCCGCCACGCCCACUGCCAUGGAGGAGGAGUUCUAGCAGCUCGAACCCGAGCCGGGUCAAACCCGGUCAAACGCGGAACCACUUCUGAUCCAAAUACUGCUUCAUGCUUUUUUGAGCUUGUCUGGUGUACUGGGAGCUAUGAAAUACUCUCAGACAGUGCAGACCCCACAUUGUGGUCCUCUUGGUGGACUCAUUUUUGCCAGGCAAGAUCUGUCAAGCACAGAAAAGUAUUUGUUUUCAAAACAAUUAUGUAUUUUGCCCAGGUCUGGCACAAAAGUGCACAUGCACACAAAUACACACAAAUACACUCAUGCACACACAUGCACAAGUACACACAAAUACACUCAUGCACACAUAUGAACACACACAGACUUUACUCACACAUGCACAAUAACAUGUGCAUUUGAAUUUGAUUAGUUUUUCAAACAGCUAUCCUCUUUUUAUAGUCAUGUUCUUAAAAGAUGAUGAAAUUAUAUAAUUUGUAAAUCUUCUGUAAAAUGGGGCCACUGUUAGAUUGGAUGGAAUCUGAAAAUUGAUUUCUAUGCACAAAAUCAAUUUCUGUGUUUAAGUUGUGAAGGGGGAUAUGAGGUUAUUUGUAAACAGGAUGGGAGAGGCAGGCAGGCGGUAUUUGCACAGGUGCACAAGACCGGUGAACAGGGACAGAAUCGUGAGAGGACUGAGGUUCUUCAGUUUACCCAUCUUGCUCCUGGGAAACCUGACAGCGCUCUUAUUUUACCAUAGAUUCUCAUUUUCUCUUUACCAUAGAGUUCAGUCAUUCUCUUUACCAUGGAGUCAGUCAUUUUUGUUUUACCAUAGAGUUCCGUAAAUCUCUACCAUAGACUUCAGUCAUUCUUUUUACCAUGGAGUCAUUAUCUGUUUACCACAGUGUUCAGUUAUCUUUUCCAUAGAUUCAGUAAUUGUCUUUAUAAUAGAAUUCAACAAGCUUAAUACACUUUGUGAAAAGCACAGAAGAAUUCAGAUGUAGUGACAGUGCAUACAUUAGGAAAGUUGCGGACUGAAGUAGGUUUUUUUAUAUGAUGAAAACAAUCUAGCUUUCUACUAUGACAAAGCAGCUGAAAGUGAUGUAAGUAAGACAAUCUGAGACUAUGUUUACAUUAGUAUACUAUUAUAUACUAUUAUUAUUACUAUUACUGUUAGUAGUAGUAAUAGUAGUAGCAGUAAUAAUAAUAGUAAUAAUAAAAUUAUAAUAUGAGCUGAUUUGUUGUAUAAAAGUGAUCUCACUCACUACAGGAGCGGAUAUCUGACUAACUGCAGUAAAAUGCCUUAACACAGAACACACACAGCGCUGGGGAGGAGCAAACUCAGGUGUGUGUGUGAGUGUGUG